GAGGGCGGAACUUCACUUAAAUACUGGAGACAUCACAGUGCCAUUCUCACAGCAUCGGUCUCACAGCAUCAGCGCCUGACACACGGAGAAAACAUGGCAAACGCGUACCUGCAAGGAGUAGAGAUCUCAGCAUCUCAAUUCCUGGAUAUAUUCCAUCAUUAUGACAGCGAUGGUAAUGGAUAUAUCGAGGGGAAGGAGUUGCAGAAUUUUAUCAGAGAACUUCAACAAGCUCGAAAACAAGCAGGACUGGAACUAACAGACAAGAUGAAGGCCUUUGUGGAGAAAUAUGAGCAAAAUGCUGAUGGAAAAAUAGGUAUCAUUGAGCUGGUUCAAAUACUACCUACAGAGGAAAACUUCUUGCUAUUUUUCAGACAACAGCUGAAAUCCUGUGCAGAAUUUAUGGAGGCUUGGAGAAAUUAUGAUGCUGAUCACAGUGGAUACAUCGAAGCUGACGAACUCAAGGUCAUCUUGUCUAAAUUGGGUGAGAAAUAUGCACAGAUGAAGCACCGUUAA